AUGAGCCGCCCCCACCCUUUGCCGACGGCGGCGCCGCCGCUGGAGGACGAGAACGUCCUCACCGAGAUCCUCCUCCGCCUCCCCCCGCAGCCGUCCUCCCUCCCUCGCGCCUCGCUCGUCUCCAAUCGCUGGCGCCGCAUCGCCUCCGACCCCGGCUUCUUCCGCCGCUUCCGCCGCCACCACCGCCCCAACCCUCCGCUCCUCGGUUUCUUCGACAUGUACGGCUGCCGCUCCUUCGUGCCCACCCUCGAGGCCCCGGAUCGUUUCCCGCCGGGGCGCUUCUCCCUGCAGCGCGGCGACGACGACUGGUUCAGGUCCCUUGGAAGCCGUCAUGGCCUGGUGCUAAUCUUGAACAGACCCACGAACCAGUUGCUGGUCUGGGACCCCGUCACCGGCGACAAGCACUGGAUUGCCGUCCCCCCGGGAUUCGGGUGCGACUCGGACAGCCCGAUCGGCGGGGCGGUGCUUCGCUCUGCCGUAGACGACCACCACUUCCUGGUGGCCUUGGUAAGCACCACCGAGACACAAGACCAUACAAGAGCCAUCGCCAGCGCUUACUUGUCGGAGACCAACACAUGGAGUGAUAUAAUCUCAACACCGCUUCCACCGGCGUCCGAAUCCCGCUUCCAAUUGCAAGCACAAGACUUGCCACCGUUUGAAUGCCCGACCAUGAUUUCUUGCAACAUACCCGCUGUGCUGGUUGGGGAUUCCCUUUACUGGUGGCUUCGGGAUAGCUCGUACAACAUCCUCCAAUUUGAUUUGGAUAGGGACAGCCUAGCCGUGAUACCUUCACCGGUGGACUUGUAUGACAGUGAUAUCAACUUCUCGGUUAUGCGGGCAGAUGAUGGAGGGCUUGGUUUCCUAUUUGUAUCAAAGUUCAGUGUUCAAUUGUGGAAGACGAAAGUCAUUUGUGACUGUUUUGCUUCGUGGGUGCUGGGAAGAACAAUUGAAAUGGACAAGCUAUUUCCUCUGGAUUCAAAGGAGAGAGAGUCUCCAAUGAUAGUAGGAUUUGCUGAGGAGAAUAAUGUGGCUCUCAUGUGGACAGAAGGCAGUCUCUUCAUGUUCCAGCUUGAGUCGUCGCAGCUCAAGAAGCUCGUGGAAACCAGAAUCUCUUUCUAUCAACCAUUCGAAAGUGUCUAUACUGCAGAAACAAGCAUUGGUGGUAGACAUGAUGGAGCUGAUAUCUUGCACAGCACAUAAGAUGAUUUUCCGGUUAGGUAUGCUAUGUGAUGUACUGGUUGAGUAGGUAUCUACAUUUACAUUCUGGUGGCUGAGAUGCAGAAAUGGUCUGUCGAGUAUAGUUUCUUCCAACUGUAUGCCUGACAUGGAAAACUGAACCUCUAUCUAGCAGCAUACAGUAUUCAGCUCUGAAGUGAACUUGCUUUUAGUUUGUGUAUGCGUUUGAUUACCUUCUGUGUUGUAUCAUCAUCGCGGGAUUUCGAUGUUGUAAUUUGUGCGUGUGUUUGCUUGAAUCUGUACCUGGUUUUGAGCUUGGUAAGCUUACUUUGGAUAGUUGUGACUAAUGAAUGUUGAAUCCCAUCAGUGUGACCUGGAGAUGGAAGAUGCUCAUGUAUGAUGGAAUGCAACUUCCUGCUGCUUCCUUUGCGAUGGUGGGAAGGCUUGGGUAAGUUGGCGAACUUUUUUUUA